AUGGGGCGUCCAGGAAAGUUGGCCAGUCUCUUGUUGCAUUUCUUACAAGUCUCCCUUGGCAUUGGGUUUUCCAUUGCCUCUUGCUUAGAAACAACUAUUAGGUGUUUUUCUUGCUUCGGAAGUUCUUCUGAGCUUAACAUUUACAUGGCAGAAGGAGCGGAAGUUGAGGAGCGGGUGGAUCUUGACGAAGACAACUACAUGGAAGAGAUGGAUGAUGAUGUAGAAGAGCAAAUAGAUGAAGAUGGAGUGGAUGGGGUAGAUGGAGGCAGUGAUGAAAAUGUGGAGGAGAAUGCUGAAGAAGCACAUGAAGAUCCUACAACUAAGGCUAGUGAGAAAGACCAAUCACCAGAACCAGAUGAAAGCCAUAAUGCUGGUGAAUUUGUGGACGAUGAAGAGAAACCUUCUGCUUCUGUCAAUGAAGAGGAGAAAGAGAAACAUGCUCAACUUCUUGCCCUUCCUCCCUAUGGGUCUGAAGUUUUCAUUGGUGGACUUCCUAAAGACACCUUGGAAGAAGAUCUGAGGGAUCUAUGCAAUGAAAUAGGCGAAAUUAUUGAGAUAAGAUUAAUGCAAGACAGAGAAACUGGUGAAAGCAAGGGUUAUGCAUUUAUAGGAUUUAAGACUAAAGAGGUAGCACAAAAAGCCAUUGAAGAAUUACACAAUAAAGCAUUCAAGGGUAAAAACUUAAGAUGUUCACUUUCUGAAACGAAGCAUAGAUUGUUCAUUGGUAAUGUUCCAAAAAUCUGGACUGAGGAUGAGUUUCGAAAAGUCAUUGAGGAGGUUGGUCCUGGGGUUGAGCACAUUGAGCUAAUAAAGGAUCCCCAAAAUCCAAGCAGAAAUCGUGGUUUUGCUUUUGUUUUGUAUUAUAAUAAUGCCUGCGCUGAUUAUUCAAGACAGAAAAUGUCAAAUUCAAAUUUUAGGCUGGAUGGAAAUUCACCAACUGUGACCUGGGCUGAUCCAAAAAGUACUUCAGAUCAUUCUGCUGCUGCUCAGGUGAAGGCUCUUUAUGUUAAAAACAUACCUGAGAACACUAGCACUGAAAAGCUGAAGGAACUAUUUCAGCGCCAUGGUGAAGUAACAAAAGUGGUUAUGCCACCUGGAAAAGGUGGCCAAGGAAAACGGGAUUUUGGAUUCGUCCAUUUUGCUGAAAGGUCAAGUGCUCUGAAGGCCGUCAAAGAUACUGAGAAAUAUGAAAUUGAUGGUCAGCCACUGGAGGUUGUCCUUGCAAAGCCUCAAACUGAGAAAAAAUCUGAUGGGGCUUAUCCCUACAAUGCUGGGCCUCAUGCAAACCACCUUCCACACCCAGGUUAUGGUGGUGGUUUUGCUGGAAAUCCAUAUGGCUCUGUAGGGGCUGGAUAUAGUGUUCCUGCGGGUUUUCAGCAGCCAAUGAUAUAUGGUAGAGGGCCAAUGCCUGCAGGAAUGCACAUGGUGCCUAUGGUUCUACCAGAUGGUCGAAUUGGCUAUGUUCUUCAGCAGCCUGGUGCACAAAUCCCAACUCCUCGUCCUAGGAGAGUGGAUCGGAGCAAUGGUCCAAGUGGACAGCCUGGACGAGGUGGUGGUGGCAGUGAUGAAAGUAACCGUGGCAGGAGGUACCGGCCUUACUAG